AAAUACAGACUUAUCACCAAAUAAGUUUAAUUGAGGAACUCAAAUCAUUAUAAGUCCAUUUAAGAGGACUCGGCCUUAAUUUUCAUUUUUUUUGAGCCCGGUAAUAGGACUCGUGGGUAAACUGACCGAUGGAAACCCCUACCUGCACUUAAUACUAGUAGUUGCGAUAAAGUGCAAAGAUAAUUUACAUUUGAGUCAAUUCUUCAAUCCAUUCCACUUCAAUAUCCAUUCCAUUCCCGCUUGAAACCUCACUGUAUACUAUAACGCAAUGUUAGAAAUUAGUCCAUAAGUUUCUUUCUUCUUAGAUUCCUUUUGAAAUUUGGAUUCACUUGGUUUAUUUGUCUAAGCUAGUAGUGCCGUUAAUGUUAUGCAGGUGAUAUGAUGUUUAUCAAUAUGUCGAACCAAAGGCUUAUACGAGUGUUUUUGGCAUUUUUUAGUAAAAAUGUAUUAGAAAUAUCUAUUGAAAUUCGACAUUCCAUACAUAUGUAGAAAUGAGAAAAUGGAAGAAUGCGGCAAUGGAAUAUUGCCUUAAGAAUUUUGUGCAUUUAUAUUCUAAACUAGUUAUUUGAAGCACCCAACCCGUUAUUAAUCGACUAAUUUGUAGUUUUUGGUUUGAAUUCUUAAGCAAAAUGGUAGAAGAUGCAUUAGCAGAGACAGCGAUUGCGCUCCUUGUGAAAGAUUUGCCUAGUGCUGUCCAUAUUCUUGGUCAGGAUCUUCUUCAAUUUCAAACUCGAUUUAAGAAGAUAAAAAAAGAUCUUACUAUCAUGCGGGCCUUCCUCACUGACACAGACAAGCUUAAAGGGACGUUGAAAACACUUGAGGUAACCUCGGAUGAGCUAAGGGAACUAAUUUAUGAAGCUGAUGACCUGGUGAUGGAUUGUCGAAUUCGAGCAGAGUAUCCGAAGAGCAAAGGGAGUUUUUCAUGCUGUCAUCUAUCUUCUCGUGAACUAUUCUUCCGCUAUCAAACAGGAAAGAAGUUGAUCAAUAUUAGCAAGCAAUUUGAGCAAAUGCAACCGACUUUGAAGGUAUAUCUUGAGGCAGCUGCACGAUUCAACAGUGAAGGCAGCAGGGGCGAAAUGCGGAGGAGUUCACAAGUUUUCAAACAAUCAGAAAUAGUUGGGUUAACAGAAGAUGCUAAAAGAAUAAAAGGGUGGAUUCUCCCUCGCAAUAAGGAAUUACAUUACAUUGGUAUUGUGGGGAUGGGGGGCUUGGGCAAAACUACCAUUGCUCAAAAGAUCUUUAAUGAUAAAGAGGUAAAAGCUCGAUUUCAAGAGAGAAUUUGGGUGCCCGUAUCUGAAAAUGCCAAUGUGUAUGAAAUACUGAAGAGUAUCUUGAAACAGUUAAGAGCAGAUGAUCAAGCCACCAGUGACUUGCCGCACAAAAUAUGCCAGGUGCUUUCGGAUAAAACUUAUCUAAUUGUCUUGGAUGAUGUAUGGAAUAUCAAAAAUGGUUGGUGGGAAACAAUCUCAAUUGGACUUCCAAGUACAGAGGAGCACAGCGGUUGCAUCAUAAUCACAUCAAGGAUUGUGGAUGUCGUGAAAGACAUGGGAGUGAUGGAAACACGAGUUCAUCAACCAAAGCUUCUUGAUGAAGAAGAGGGUUGGUCAUUAUUGUGUAAAGUUGCCUUCAAGUCAAAGAAACAAGGAAGUACGAACUCCAACUUGGAAAAAAUAGGAAAGGAGAUUGUGACAAAGUGCGGCGGCCUUCCGUUAGCAAUCAAGGCCAUAGGAGGUUCGCUAUCCUCAAAGAAUUCUUCAAUUCCUGAGUGGGAUCGGAUUUGUAAAACUUUUCGUGCAAAAAUAGCAACGGAAAAUAAUAAUUCUGUUAUGGCUUCUUUGCAGCUAAGCUAUGAUGAGCUUCCUACUCAUUUAAAGCAUUGUAUACUGUGCUUCUCAAUAUACCCAGAGGACCACGAAAUAAGCACUGAGCAGCUGGUUCGCUGGUGGGUGGGGGAAGGCUUUGUCUACGAGGAAGACACAGAAACUGCAAGAGAUAUGGCUGACUGUUACCUGGCCGAAUUGAUCAGCAGAUGCUUAGUUGAAGUUAUUCAACGAAGGAGUUAUGAUGGAAGAAUCUAUAGUUGCAAAAUGCAUGACAUGGUUCGGGAUUUGAUGAUUAAAAUUGCAAGGGAAGAGACAUUCAGCAGUUUUGACAGAGGUAAUAAGCAUAUACCCGCCAUUGAUACUCGCCGGUUAGGUGCCACAAGUGAAAUGAAUCUCCAUCUCCUUCAGGGAAACUCAAAGAUAAGAGCAUUAUUAUGUAUGGAGAGUUGUUUGAUUCACUUAAAUAGGAGUAGUGGGUUGGCCAUGGUAAAGUCUCUGAGGGUUUUGGACCUCUCGCAUAUUAAGCUGAACAAAAAUACGACUAUGAGGGAUCUAUGGCAUUGGAUCACUUUCCAGAAACGCCUAGCUUACUUAAAGCUUUGCAAUGUUGCAAAUUUGGUUGAACUGCCAGACUCGAUUGAAAAGCUAUGGGGCCUCCAGAUUUUGAUCCUUGGCGAAUGCAAGAAGCUAAACAAGUUAUCUGCAUUGAUAACAACUCUUCCAAAAUUAACGGUUUUGGAUGUGGGGAAUUGUUCAUUACUCAAGUGCUUGCCCCAGGGACUUUCAAGACUUUCCAAUCUUCAAGAGCUGUAUGGUUUUAAAAUAGCCAGUCAGACGGAUGCAGAAGGUUGUCCUCUUGAUGAGCUUAGGGGUCUAUCACACCUUCGGGUGCUGCGAAUUGAGAUAGAGGCAGAAAGCAUAAUUCUGGAUAAGGAAGUGACAGCCUUAGCACAACUUCAAAAACUUAGAGUGUUAUCAAUCAAUGCUGGGGAUUGUGUUGACAAGAAUAUCCUAGAAAAGCUUGAGAAGCUUUCCCCUCCGACAUGUCUUGAAGAGCUGUAUUUGGGGCAUUACUUUGGAAACAAUACACCACAAUGGAUAAACCCCAUUUCACUCCCACAACUGCAAUAUCUUUGUAUCGAAGACUCGAGGGUCCUGGAGGACACACACACGGACUUCUGGGGCAACAAAGAUAACAGGUGGAAAGUAAAAGGGUUAUGUUUGAAGUUUUUGCCAAGACUGAAGAUCGAAUGGGCAACAGUGCUGAGUGCGAUGUCUGAACUGAAUUUCUUGGAGGUCAGUCACUGUAACUCAUUGCAAUCAUUCCCUUGUGAUGUCAGGGCUCUAGGAUAUUGGAGGAAAGGGGAGGAAGAGGAAGAUAUCAAAAUGGAAGAGACCAAAGAGGAAGAGAUCAAAAAGGAAGAGAAAGAGGAAGACAAAGAUAUCAUAAAGGAAGAGACUGAAGAGGAAGAGAUCAAAAAGGAAGAGGAAGGCAAUGGCUCAUCUGCUGUUGAAAUUGGUCGUGCGGUGCAUGGACACAUAUUUAGGCAUGGGUUUGAAUCCGAUAUGUUUGUGCAAAAUGGGCUUGUGGCAUUGUAUACAAAAUGUGGUCAGAUUGAAAAAGCUCAGAUGGUGUUUGAUGGCUUGGAUGAUAUAGAACUAUUGUUUCGUGGACUGCGAUUAUAUAUGGAUGUGGAGGACUUGGAGCAAGGAAAAUGUGUUCGUGGUUUUGUGAUCAAAAUUGGUCUCGAACUUGAACUGGACUUGCGAAUUUUCCUUACAGCAAUGUAUGCCAAAUGUGGGCAGCCAAUGGUUGCCAAUUUUUUGUUUGAUCAAAUGGAAGUAUCUAAUGUGAUCUUGUGGAAUGCCAUGAUUUCGGGGUAUUCAAAAAAUGGUUAUGCCAAUGAAGCAGUAGAGCUCUUUUGGAAGAUGACGUCCAAAAAUAUCAGACAAGAUGAUGUCAUGGUGCGGUCUUCACUUGAACAAGAGAGAUGUGGAAGUGUUGAGCUAGCUCGUAAAGUAUUUGGGGAAUAUGCAGCAGAGCGGCUUUUCUCAUUAGACCCAUUGAAUACGAGACAUUAUUUGCAAGUCUCAAAUCUCUAUGCUUCAGUUCGCUUGUGGGAUGGUGUGGCAAAGGUACGGAUAUUGAUGAAGGAGAGAAGACUGAGUAGGGACCUGGGUUAUAGUAUGAUUGACAUUAAUGGAAAGCUUCAAGUUUUUCGAAUGGGAGACAAGUCACAUCCAAGAUCAAAGGAAAUAUUUAAGGAGCUUGACAGAUUGGAGAGGUGGUUGAAAGAGGCUGGAUUUUUGCCAGAUACAGAUUAUGUGCUACAUGACUUGAAUAAUGAAGACAAGGAGGACACUCUCUGUAACCAUAGUGAGAGACUGUCAAUUGCUUAUGGGCUUAUCAGCACUCCCCUGGAACUACACUUAGGAUAGCUAAAUAUCUACGGGCAUGUGUGAACUGGCACUCCGUGCCAAGCUGAUAUCUAACCUCGUUUGUAGGUGUCAGGGAUGCAAACAGGUUUCACCAUUUCAAGGAUGGAUUGUGUUCUUGUGGAGAUUACUGGUGAGAAGUGCGGAUGGUUUUGGACAUUAAUCAUAGGCUAUCUGGCUGGGUUCUGAUUCAAUCACGUCAAGGAGGUGGAAUGUUCCAGUGCUGGUGUCUAAAAGUGAAUUAAGUACCAAUCUACGGCACUUUUCAAACAAAAUUGAAAGUUUGUUUGCAGAAUUGAUAUCCUCAUCAUCAACCAGAAUUGAUACAGCAACUAGUUUGUCACUUGUUUCUUUGAUCUUCUCGACAUAAGCAUCCAGUGUAUUGAAGAAGAUGAAUCUGCCAUUGAAGUAGAUGGUUGUCUCAGCUAUGGCUCUGAUGAUAUGAAGAUACUGAUUCACAGUUUG